UCAUAAUUACGCGUGCACUAGUGCCUUAAAGCCCACGCUCGUUCACAUAGCGAGCUGUUGCGAGGGUGAUAGGAUCGUGAACGCGCGGGCAGGCAGGCGGAUCAUCAGAGAAGAGUAGCUAGCACGUCACGGAUCUGUAGCGAUCGAGAGAGAGAUGCUGAGGUGACAGUGAGAGAGAAGGAGAAAAGGGACGAUUAGAUAAAACUCAUUAUCCCUGCUGCUAAAUUCACAUGUCUUUGUGUGAACAUCAGCUGCAGAAUCAACACCAGAUGGAUAACGCACCCACUAUGGAAUUCCACUCGAUGUCUCAACAUUCCAUCAAGACAAACAUAAAGGAUUUUUUGUAACCACACCCGGCUUCUUUCGGAUCAAGGAUCGGAGCGGCUAAGGAUUCCACAGGGUCCUGAUGCCCGGCCCAAUCUAAUAAGGCUGGUCGUAGGUAGCAAGAGUCGCAGCAGGGGAAGAAGCACAAAGAGAGCAGCAGUGAGUCCACCACCGGCAGGAUGAGUGCUACGGCAACAGAGCAAGCUGACAUCCUAACUGUGCUUGUCCUGGUCAAGGAACGAUGGAAAGUGGCAAAGAAGAUUGGUGGCGGUGGCUUCGGGGAGAUCUAUGAGGCGUUGGACCUGCUGACCAGGGUCAGUGUUGCUCUGAAGGUGGAGUCAGCACAGCAGCCCAAACAGGUCCUCAAGAUGGAGGUGGCCGUCCUCAAGAAACUCCAGGGUAAAGACCACGUGUGUCGCUUUGUUGGGUGCGGCCGCAAUGAUCGCUUCAACUACGUGGUGAUGGAGCUUCAGGGUCGUAACCUGGCCGACCUGCGGAGGAGUAUGACGCGGGGCACGUUUACAAUCAGCACCAUCCUGAGACUGGGCAGACAGAUACUAGAAGCUAUAGAGAGCAUCCAUUCUGUUGGCUUCCUGCACCGAGACAUCAAACCGUCCAACUUUGCCAUGGGCCGUUUUCCCAGUACCUGUAGGACCUGCUACAUGCUGGACUUUGGUCUAGCGCGCCAGUUUACAAACUCCUGCCAAGAGGUCCGACCGCCACGACCAGUAGCAGGGUUCAGAGGUACAGUCCGCUACGCGUCAGUCAACGCACACAAGAACAAGGAGAUGGGUCGGCAUGACGACCUGUGGUCUCUCUUCUACAUGCUGGUAGAGUUCAUGGUUGGCCAGUUGCCAUGGAGAAAGAUCAAAGACAAGGAGCAUGUAGGGAAGCUGAAGGACACCUAUGACCACAGGCUCAUGCUGAAACAUCUGCCUGCUGAGUUCACUGUCUUCCUGGAUCACAUCUCUAACCUGGACUACUUCACCAAACCAGACUAUCAGCUGCUGAUGUCAGUGUUUGACAACAGUAUGAAGACCUACAACGUGGUGGAGAAUGACCCGUAUGACUGGGAGAGGACUGGGUCUGAUGGCACUCUGAGCAUCAACGCUACAGCCACCACACCACAGCACCACACACGUCUCACGCCUGCACACAUGGGAAUGGCGAAUGCGUCCCUGGUUCCUGGGGACCUGGCGAGGGAGAACACAGACGACGUGCUGCAGGACGAGCAGCUCAGUGACAAUGGGGAGAACAACCCUCCUCCAGACCGUCUCCCUGGAUCCCCCAGCAUGCCCCGGGCCAACCAGGAAGCUGACGUUUGGGAGAUGCUGGACCGCGACCGCAACCGCAUCAGGACAGCUGUCUGGAAGGCAGCCACAGAGGAGGAGCACAGCAACAACCAGGGGGGUCCCCAGAGCCCAUACGCCAACCCCAGUCUGGGCUCUCCUGUUCGGGUACACUCUGAGAUGGUGGGGGCCUCAGAGCAGGACGGUGGUGGUCCUCUGCUCAGGAAGCUUCGUAACAUCCACAGCUUUGAGCUGGACAGGAGGUUGACCCUAGAGGCCAAGCCCAGCCCAGAACGCUUCCUGGAGGCAUGUUCAGUGAAGCAGCAGGGUUGUGGGCAGCAGCAGCAGGAGAAGGGGUCUGAGGUGGGCCAGGGUCUGUCUGUACCCGCUGGUGGUGCCACAGCGCUAGGUCGAGCUGGUGGCUCUGACCGAGUCUGGCACUAUGACGAGGAGUUCAUAUCUGGUGGCGGCACCAACGGUAGCUUGUCCAAACCUGUCUCCCCUCACUCCCCUGGCUCCCUGGAGCAAGGCGAGGGGGCACCCAGCAGCGGAGGCUUCGUGGCCCUCAACCUGAGCUCCGGCAGGGGGGAGGUGGACUCCAGGGAGUGGGUGAUGGUGGAGAGGCCCAGCGAGUCCCCAGGGACAGGGACAGGAACUGGGGCGAAGGCUACGACCAGCCCCUCUGAGGAGGAAGAAGAGGACCUGGAGGUGCUGGAGGUACCCCUGGAGGCAGGGGAGGGGUCAAGGGGGAGUCCAAGUCCUGUUCAGAUCCAUGGGGACAGGGAUGGGAACCUCCAGGGGUCACCAGGGUCCAGGAGAGGACCCCCUAGAGUGGACAGGCUGGAGCUGAGUGUGGGACCCCCUGGAAGCCUGCCCCCCAUCACCCCCACUAGCCCUGCUGAGGGCCUGGCUGAGGGAGUACUCACACAGCUCCCCACCUCUCCUCCGUCCCUGCCUGAGGAGGUGUUGGCCAGGACGUCCAGUCCCCUGCUCCUGCGUUCCCCCAGCCCGCACACCCAGACCCUCCUCACCACCCUGUCGGACCCCCUGCACCAAAGGGACCCUCCUGGGAUGAGGCGCUAUUCAGCCAACCACCACCACCAACAGCACCUCCUCCGUCCCACCUCCUGUUCCUCCUGCCACGCCUCCCUACCUCCACCACCUCCUCACCCCGUUUCUGCCCGUAACCAAUCGCCCACCGGGCGCAGGAAACUGCCCGAGAUCCCGGCGGGCGCCGCCAACAGCAAGUUCCCUUCCGUAAUACGCAUCACACGCGCCCAACUUCAGCAGUUGACAGCUCAGCGGUCCCAGUCAGGCUCAGACAGUGCUCCACAGUGCCUCCAGCUGGAGAGACGAGGUGAAGCAGCAGCUGAGGCCAAUCAGCCCCAGGAUAAUACUGCUACCGCUGAUAUCCACUCCUCCCAGGGCCAGGAGCGCCUGCCCACCCCUAACCACACCUUUACCCAGCCUGGCAGCCAGCACGGCAGUCCCACCACUGUGGAUGACCUCCUGGCAGAUACCUUGGUCAACGGAGGAGACACCCACAUCAACACCCGGACCCAUACCAAAGCCCACAGCCCGGUGCUAAGCCGAAUGUCUUCUCCUCACUCCCCGCAUUCUCCUCACUCUCCCGUUUCUCCUAAUUCUCCCCGUUCUAAUUCUCCACGCUCCCCCCACAGUCCAGUGUUAGGGCUAAUCAACGGCCAUCUCACUCCCCCAGCUUACGGCCAGGGGGAUGGCAGCAGUGGAGCCUUCCCAGAGCUGAAGGACCAUGAGAGUGACCAGCCCCGGUCAGACAGGGGAGAUGGGGUGGAGACCAGUGACCCAGCCCCAGCUCUAACCCCCUCCUCCCUGCCCUCUGCCCCCCGUAGGGACCCCUCCCGCAGGCUGAGCCGUAUCCCUGUCCUGGAACCCUCCAGCCUGCUGGACCUCCUCCCCACCCCUGGCUCUGCCAUGGAGAAGCUGUUCCAGAAGAAAGCCCACCACCAGGGAGGAGGCCACCACCCAGCCUCCUCUCCCACAGCCUCUCCCUCUCUCUCCCACCGUGGCUCCAUCAUGGCCUCGCUACCCCGUGGGGAACAGCUGUCCUCCGCCUCGGACCGCUCUGAGACGGUCGAUGAGUUGUUCCUGGGCUCACGCUCCGACCGCCAGGGGGAUGACGCCUCCUCCCUGUCCUCCUCCUCCAGCCCCCUGUCCCGUAAGAGCAGGAUCCCUCGCCCCGUUAACCUUCCUAACCCGGCCCCAGAGCAGGAGCGAGCUGCACAGUACCUACCACGCCCACCCCCGGGCAAACCACCCAGUCGCCCUGCAGUGGAGGGCAGGCUGAGGCGUUACCGAAUCCGAGCGGGCAGCACCAGCGACUCAGACCUCCUGACCUGCCUGGCCCAGCUGAUGCACCAUGGUCAUGGUGGUGGUUCUGUCCGCGGCUCCCCCCACCACGGCCGCUCCUCAGCCCAGCACGGAGGCUCCCGGAUGGGCAUGUGUAGCCUGACCAGCUCCCCCCACCACCAUCCCCACCGGACCUCCAGCGCCUCUCCACGCAGCUCCUCCUCUCUACAGCGCUCUGUCUCCUCCUCCCCCUCCCGCCACGAACACCGCGGGGGAGAGAGAGGAGGAGGGGUUUGUUUCGGUCGGUCCCGAUCCCCUCCUAGCUUCUCCGGGUCCCCCCCUCCUCCCCGGCGCUCCUACCCCCACCACCAGGAGACUUGCUGCGGCCGCCAGGCCCGCACCGGCCCCUUCCACCAACACGCCCCAAGGGGGAAAGUCUGCAGCCGCGAGGAGAGGGAGAGGAAGUGCUCCAGCAAGCUGAGCGGCAGAUAGUGGCCCACUGCUCCAGCCCUGGUCCUAGCCUGGCCCAUAGGAAGUGCUGGGCCUAUUUAUUAAAGUGUCUCAGAGUAGGAGCAGGUCCCCUCUGUCCAUGUAAUCGUAUUAAUUAAAUAAAUCAUCAUAAUAAAUCACUAAACUUAACCUAGAUCAGCACUCCUAUCCUGAGUUGCUUUGUGUGUCGGGCCUGGGGGUCAGUGUUGUUGCCACAGCAGAGGGUGAGAUGUUCAUACAGACCAGACAAUCAUGCUCGGGAUCGAUGAAGACCUGAAGCUUCUGUCAGAGAAUACUGAACUUAAUGUCUCCCCUCUCCUCCCCGUUCAGUUUCUCCCCACACCGCUGUCCUCUCUCUCUUUCACUUGUAAUCCUUCACUUGUUCUUCUUUUAUUUCUUCCAUUUUGUCAUUGUUUAAUCACUAAUUUAUAUGCCCACUUUAAGCAUUCAUACUUCAUGCGAAAAGUAUCUAUAUGCAUUAUGCUGUGUAUAAAAUGUAGGGGUACUUACUUCCCUCAUCUCAUCAGUGAAAGUAAACACACUUCAUUCAGAUUACCCUAGGACGCUAACGGUGGAAAUUCAGUGGAUGAGCAAUUAUUUAUGAAUCACUAACCAUUUGAAUAUUGACUCAUUCUAUUGUGUUUCCUCUGUACUGACCUGGGGAGUGCGGUAUAGCAGGUCUACCUGUAUGGCCAUGAAGCUCUCGAGAGAAAUGUACACUAUCUAUAGAUCCUAUUUAUUGAAAUCUUGACGCACCUGUCACCCCAGUUACACACUUGCUCUCUCCGUCUCUGACUUCAAAUGGACAGUAUAGGGAGUGUUCUUUAUUUCAAAGGCACCUAAAGCCAUCAAUCGAUCAAUGAAAGAAGUGAUCAUUUUGAGUGAUCCUUCCUUUAAUACAAUCGUAUAGUGUGUGUGAACUCACACACGUACUUGUGCCUACUGUGUUGAUUGAUUGAUUGAUUGAUUGGGGGAAUCUAAAUGUCAAACUAAAUGUGUGAUUGAAUACUAGUAACUGGGCCUUGAUUCCCUUUGUAUGCUCCUAUUGAGAAAGGAGUCUGACUUUGCGUCCCAAUACUUUAUCCUUCUGCCCUGGACUUAAAAGGAAAGUAAUGGUGUAAGAAAUGUCAUGGCAACCCUCCCUAGCCUUGCCCAUGCUUACACCAAACCAGUGAUUUUAAAUGCAUGGAUGGGAGGGGAGUGCACACUUGGGGAGAACGCUUAUGGUACUUUUUAUAACACUAGUAGUGAAUACAAGGCAACACUAAGUUAUAAUGAUUAUUAAUGUUUAAUAAACACUUGUCUUAAUGUGUGCCUUGCCUUGGCACUUUGGGCAGCUUCUGGUUUCACUACAAAGUAGGCUAUGUUUCUCAUUUUUACAAAAUCACCCCCACAAAAAUUGUGCAAGCUGCAAAGACAGUCCUCUUCAUGUGAGUGUAACAGUAUUAUUCACUACAAGGAAAAGGAAGCAAAGUGAAUGUUUUUAUUUUAUUUAUUCAGACAUUAUUUUAAGAAAUAUAACAUGUGUUUGAGAUAUUAAAGAAAGGGAAUGUUUUAAACUAAAACUUAGAUAUCCUGUUUGUCUACAUUUUAUGACAGGUCCAUCAUUUAUGUCAAGUAAUCAUGAUAUUUAUGCCAUAUAAAUAUCAUGUAUCAUAUACCAAAUCAGUGUUUCAAACUUCCCAAAGGUUAAAAAAAAACAUGCGCAAGAUAAUGUUUUGUUUCUUUUGUAAUGACAUACUGUAUGUUUUGUGCACUAUUACCUCAGAGUUAAUGUAUUGUUUGAGAACCAACCACAUUUUCAAUUAACACUAUCAUUUAAAACCUCCCUCACCUGACCUUUCUUUUACUACAUUUAAAACCCCCCCAGCCUGAAAUCCAGAACCGCUUUUGUUCUGACAUUCCACUCCUUGUACUCCGUGGUAUUGCCCAACAUUGGAAUGAAAAGGAGUAGCAAGGAGUGGAAUGAUAGCAGAAACUGACUGGUACCCAGGCUACCUCUCUCCACCUCUCUGCUUGUAAGAUACUGUAAUAUAACUAACUACUGCUUCCAGCACUACUACUCCUUGCAUGCGCUGCCUACCAAGAAAAUAGAAAAACAAAACAAUCAACCAAUCAGUAAAGUAAGCAGCAUACCAGUUCCCAUAAUGCAUUGUGAAUGUCUGAAAGGGAAUUCUUCUUCUUGUUGGAUAGUACCAUAUGUAUUUUGGUUGGAAUAUUUAAUUUGUUUCGUUUUCCAUUUCUCCUCACAAUCUCGAUCACUCUUCACUCUUAUCGUUCCACCUGGUCCACAGCAUUUAUCUGCUUUUCUAGCUCUCCAAAAGCUCACAUUUUAGGACUACUGCACUGACUGAUUGGGUAAUACUACUAAAAAAGGAUGCUCCUAAAAAGGGAUCUAAUGUAUUUAUUUGAAAUCCGUUUGAUUGGCUUAUUGUCAUGAUGUGACACAUGCAUAGUACAGUAUGUAAAGAGGAAAAUACUUGCCUGGAGUAUUUACAUUAUACAACCUAGGCUUGGCCGAUAUACCAUUUAUACCGUAUACCUGGGUAUUUCGAAAUACCGACGGUAUGAUUUUCAAUACGUUUAAAAAAACGACAAACA